UCUUUUUUUGCUUCCCUCUCCUUCUCUAGUUUUCUACCACAUUGGGCCCCUUCUCCUCCUCCUUCUCCUCCUCUUCUUCUUUUUCUUCUUCUUCUUCCAAACGUAUUAUGCUCAGCUUGGGAAGAGAGCUCCAGAAGUCUUGGAGAAGCCUUCAGGAUGGCUAGAUGGCAUGGUCUGGGCCACGGUGCAGGGGCUGUUCCCUAAGCUGCAAUUGCCCUAGGCCGGGCGGUGGCCACAGGGACGUCUGGCCGGCCCUUGGACACCGAGUAAGCACCCGGCGUGGGCCAGAAGGGCUGAAGAGGACUGCCCAUGCCGACUGUUUGCGAAGUGGGGAAGCAGUACCCAGACCCACCGUACCAGGACAGACCACUUCCAAUGUCCCAGCAUGAGACGUCUGCGGCUGCACUGCGGAGGGCCAGCAACCACCGACGGGCCAAUCCCUGCUGCCUGUGCUGGUGCUGCUGUUGCAGCUGCUCUUGGAAUGAAGACCGGGAAAGGGCCUGGAGAGCGUCUCGCGAAACCAAAUUGGAGACCAUUCCCAACUGUGAAUCCUGCACCAAACCGACCACCGAAGAAGUCAAGGGCUGGUCCCAGUCAUUUGACAAGUUGAUGAAAAAUCCAGCUGGCAGGAACGUGUUUCGAGAAUUCUUACGGACUGAAUACAGCGAAGAAAACAUGCUCUUUUGGUUAGCGUGCGAGGAACUCAAAAGUGAAUGCAAAAAACGUGACAUUGACGAGAAAGCACGGAUGAUCUAUGAAGAUUAUAUCUCCAUCCUUUCUCCCAAGGAGGUCAGCUUGGAUUCCCGCGUUCGCGAAGGCAUCAACCGCAAGAUGCAGGAGCCCUCCUUGCACACCUUCGACGAUGCGCAGCUACAGAUUUACACGCUGAUGCACAGAGACUCCUACCCGCGUUUCCUGAACUCUGCCAUAUACAAAGCUCUGCUCCAGAAUGUCUCUCGGUCAUCUUCGGAGUCUUAAGCCCUUCCGUACCAUUGAUGGAGACGCCAAGUGAAGGGUUUCCUUUCCUUAGAGCAGGUGUUUUGUUCCCCCCACACACACACUCUCUUCUUUAAAAAAAAAAAAAUCUCCCAAAUGAGCUUACAGAACAAAUAGACCCAGCUGAGUUCUGACCACAGACAAUUGUCCAGUUGUUGGAAAGCUCAGUCCGCAACUUCCGUUUUUCCUUGUUCAGAAAAGGGCCCACGCCAGUCAACCACCAAGAACUUCAAACUCAGGCUUCUACUUCCACAACCGAACCGGCUUUGGUGACCGGUAUCUGGCCGGUCACCCUAGAGAUGGAGAACGCAGAAGGAAGCCACCAACCAGCAACAAAUUGGGAGGUGGACCUCUGGGGCAACGGGGCAGAAGAAACCACAGGCCAAAAGCCCAUUAUUAUCUCCGGAACGUUGAUCUCUCUCGGAUUUUUUUUUUUAUUUUAUUUUAUUUUUAAAUUCCUUCCAUGUUCGUUAAGAAUUCUUUCCAUGGUGUUCUUGUAGACACAAAGAU